GAUCAAACCCGUUUCUCCAUCCUUUUUUUAGUCUCCCCCUUCCUGUAAAGCUUCCAAAGCUUUUCCCUUUUUAUUUCAUCAAAUUCUCUGGAAAUCAAAAACAGAGUCAGAGAUCAUCAGGUUUGAAAAGAAAGAAAAAAAAAAGAAGAAGAAGAAGAAGAUGGGGAGUCCAAAGAAGAACGAGAACAAGGGCUUCUUCGCCGCCAUGACUUCCGGCUUCUCCAUGUUCGGCAGCGCCAUGUCCAGAUCCGUCAACGGGUUGCUUGCUUAUGAAGGAGUUGAGGUUAUCAAUCCAGAUGGUGGUAAGGAAGAUGCAGAAGAGGAAGCUCAGAGAGGAAGGUGGAAAGACGAGGAACGUGAUAGUUACUGGAAGAUGAUGCAGAAGUAUAUAGGUUCCGAUAUUACCUCAAUGGUCACACUUCCUGUUAUUAUUUUUGAGCCUAUGACUAUGCUCCAGAAGAUGGCCGAGUUAAUGGAAUAUUCAUACUUGCUGGAUCAAGCUGAUGAAUGCGAGGAUCCUUACUUGCGUUUAGUAUAUGCUUCAUCAUGGGCUAUAUCUGUUUACUUUGCCUACCAACGAACGUGGAAGCCUUUCAAUCCUAUUCUUGGAGAGACAUAUGAGAUGGCCAACCAUGGUGGCAUUUCAUUUCUUUCUGAGCAGGUUAGCCAUCAUCCCCCAAUGAGUGCAGGUCACGCCGAGAACGAGCACUUCACCUACGACGUCACCUCAAAGUUGAAAACUAAGCUUUUGGGUAACUCUGUUGAUGUCUACCCUGUUGGCAGAACGCGUGUAACCCUCAAAAAAGAUGGUGUGGUUCUUGAUCUGGUGCCGCCUCUCACUAAGAUUCACAACCUGAUAUUUGGACGAACGUGGGUUGACUCACCCGGAGAAAUGGUCAUGACAAAUAUAACCACUGGAGACAAAGUUGUUCUUUAUUUCCAGCCAUGUGGUUGGUUCGGUUCUGGUCGAUAUGAAGUGGAUGGAUAUGUUUACAGCGCAGACGAAGAACCUAAAAUCAUGAUGACAGGAAAAUGGAAUGAGAAAAUCAGCUACCAGCCUUGUGAUGCUGAGGGUGAACCUCUUCCAGGGACAGAGCUUAAAGAGGUGUGGCAUGUAGCUGAUGUUCCCAAAAACGACAAGUUUCAGUACACGCACUUUGCUCACAAGAUAAACAGCUUUGACACAGCUCCUUCUAAGCUCUUGGCUUCAGACUCACGUCUCCGUCCUGAUAGAUAUGCCCUUGAACAGGGUGACCUUUCUAAAGCUGGUUCCGAGAAGCACAGGUUCUUCAUCUUUUCUUCCUUCCUAAUAAGCUUGUUUGUCACAAAGUUCAAGUCUUUUAUUUCGUGGUGUCUUUUUUUUUAUUCUAAAGAUACUUUGAGAAUUGGUUUUUGUAUAAAUAUCAUCAAUGAAUCCUUGUUAGAGCAUGAACACACAGUUAUGCUCUGCAUACGAGGUUCUUCGCGGUGUCAUUUUUUUUUUUUUUUUAAUCUCAGCCUUGAGGAGAGGCAAAGGGCCGAAAAUAAGACACGAGAGACUAAGAACCAGAAGUUCACUCCAAGGUGGUUCGAUCUAACGGAUGAGAUCACAUCUACGCCGUGGGGAGAUACUGAAAUAUACCAAUACAACGGGAAGUACACUGAACACCGAGAUGCAGCAGCGAGCUCUAGCGGUGCCUCCGAUGAAGUGGACCUCAAAUCGAUCGAGUUUAAUCCCUGGCAAUAUGGUAAUGUAUCAACCGAAUGAGGCAACGUUUCAUAAUAAUUUAAAUAUAUGACAUCGACAUA